AUGACCAAAACAAGACAGCAUGAUGAGUCUAACGAAGGCUUCAAACACUGGGAAUUCAUGACUGUCCAUUGCUGGGGUGAAAGGGCAGCUGGAGAAUGGACACUGGAGGUGCAGGAUAAACCCUAUCAUGUUCGCAACCCAGACAUACAAGGCAGGAAGUGCGUGAACUCCUGCCCUCCUGGCUACUUUGGGGACAGCCUGCAACGCAAGUGCCGCAGAUGUCACAGGGGCUGCGAAGCAUGUUUGGGCAGAAGUCAGAACUCAUGCACAGCCUGCAAGCGUGGCUAUUAUCACCAUCAAGAGACAAACACUUGUGUGAUGCUGUGCCCAGCUGGGUUUUACUCUGAGGAUGGU